AUGUCCUGCCACUCCGGUACUGGGAGACGCUGGUACGAAGCUACCACACCACCCCGCUCUUUCACCUGGCUGCAUUAUGGGGUCAAAACUUUGGUCAGACGUCAAGUUGGGCCAACUUGCGUACCAAAUGCCGUCUGUGCUGCAUUGGAAAUGGCGUACCAGAUCCAUUGCAGGCAGAAGAUUCUGCUCUCUGAACACGAACUUAUCGAGUACGGCAUCUCUGGCUCCUCCUCAUUUGCUCUGGCAUGGAUUUCGAAGAAUGGAGUAAGCCUCCGGGACGACUAUCUCCAAGGAAAACAGGAUGGGAAAAUAAUUUUUAUUUACGAUUUCAUUCGUGGUCCUUCCCUCCAUUCGAGUGAUUUAAUCAAAUUCAUCUUCAGACAGCCAGCUGUAAUUUCUAUAAAGUUCUGCAGCAAGUUCGGACGCAACAAAGGGGAAUUUUAUAAAAUUGAUGGGAAAGUAGCGAAUGUUUUGCACACAAUGGUAGCAGUGGGAUGGGUGUUGGAUGACAAAAAUGAAGUGUAUUUCAUGGUGCACAAUUCUUGGGGAUCUGACUGGGGCAAGAAUGGAUAUGGCUGGAUUCAUCAAUCGUGCAUAGAACGUGUUAGAGUGCCUAUACUCUAUCGUGAUUGCAGAGUCAUUGCUUGA